CCAAAAUGACGUAAGACGUAAGUAAAUAAAUAAAAUUGACAUGGGUAAAGAAAAAGUAUCCGUGUGAGAUUUUAAAAUUUUUAUUCAUCAGUCAGACACAAAUGAUCCUAAGUGACGGUAGUAUUAAAAUUAUUAUUGAAUAAUAUAGUGAUCGAAAAUGAUUGACCAGAAGAAUGUCACGCUUAACCAAGAAACAUCAAAGAAUGGAACUACGGAUAGCAGCAUAGAAGUACUAAAAGAAUUAUGUGCCAAUAAUGCAGAGUAUUUUUCGAAAGAUAAUACCGAAAAUGGGCAGAGAAUGUAUAUUUCCUUCCUAGCAAUGAUAGAUGCGGCUGAUAACAUUAAACCUAAAGUGAAACACAUCCAAAAUCAGGUUUCUGCAUUUGAUUUUGAUGAAAAGACUCCUGGUAAUGGGUACAGAAGUUUUCUUUACAUCGUAGAUCUGGCAUUACAAUUGGCUGUCCGUUCUUGUGAAAAAGUUACAGAGAAGAGGGCUAGUAUGUUGUUUCGUAAAAAUACAAUUACCAAAGACGUGGAAUCAUGUUCGCACUUGUUAACUAGUAUAGAUGGAUGUGUAACUCAGUUAGGAACCUUAUUGACGUGGAGCAAUAGUGGAGAUCUCUUUGUAAAUGAAGAUUGUCCCUUACCGGAGUUGAUACAAAAAUAUGGAGAAAUCAAUCAACAUUGUUUCUACGGCAGAAAUUUAGGGUUUCAGUAUUGUGAUUCUAUAAAAAAUCUACUACAGUUUAUAUCUUUAUCAAUGGCUUUAUUUUCGGAAGUAUACUACAGCCAAGGUUCCCUAAUUCAAAAGGCCACCACAUCGGCGAUGUCAUCGGCGAAAUUUAUCACGGAUCCGGAGCACAGGGCUCGAAGGAUAGUGAAUCUCGGCCAGAACGCCGAGGUGGACUUCUGCAAGGCUUUUUGGUUUUUAUCCGAAACAGAACUUAUGAACCAGUUGCCUUCUAUUGUAGCGCCCAGCGUGGCCAUUUCAAAAGUUAUACAUUUACCUCCUGAGCCUUUGACGGUAAUGACAACGGACGGGGAGGAAAUAGAAGUUCCAGUGCCUUCUUCUUUUAUUGGUCGAAAACCAGUGCAAGUUCGUUUAAUCAGCCACAAAAUCAGAAGCGGAAUGCUCGGCACGAAAGGUCAAAGCGGCGAACCGCCUUCCAAAGGUCUAAUGAUUCAUUGUCACGGCGGGGGAUUCGUAGCUCAGUCAUCUAAAUCUCACGACGGUUACCUGAGAGACUGGGCCAAAGAAUUGGACAUUCCCAUCCUUUGCAUAGAUUACAGUUUAGCCCCAGAAGCCCCGUUUCCUAGAGCAUUAGAGGAAAUUUUGUACGCCUACUGUUGGGCUAAGAAGCAUACCGACUUUCUGGGAACGACAGGAGAAGUUAUCAUCGGAGCCGGAGAUUCUGCCGGAGCGAAUUUACUAUUAAGCACCACCCUAAAAUGCAUCAAACUGAAAAUACCCGUCAUGGUAGGCCUAUUCGUGGCAUACGCUCCCACUCUAGUGCAUUAUACACCAUCUCCGUCGCGUCUAUUGUGCAUGAUGGACUCUUUAAUACCGUUCGGAUUCCUGAUGCGAUGUCUUAAAGCUUACGCCGUUCCCGGACCCAACAUGAAACAAAUCGUUUCGAUGGACGUCGACAACUCGGAUACGGAAAGUUUCGAAGAGAUCUCCGAAUCCGAUCUGCAAGAACUUCAAGCGCAACGAUCGCCCGUGUCGGACAACUCAGAUACUUUGACGUACACGUCGCUCAAUUCGAACGAGGCUGAGAAUACGGCUAAUGCCCUUAAAGGUCAGAUGACCGAAUUUCUAGACCGGUAUAAUACGGAAUCUCAAUCCGAAAAUGAUCAUAAAACGACCAGCAGUACUUCUUUAACUACGACAGAAUCUCUUCAGAAGAAACUUUCGACGCUGGUAACGAAUUUUAGGGAAUCUUUCUCGAAAUAUUUAGUUGUAGGAGAAGGAACCGCGUCGGAUGCUACGAAAUUGCUGGAUUUGGACGUAGAUCCAAAGAACUCUUUUUUGGAUAAGUUUUCUUUCGACGUACCAAAGGACCCCUACUUGAGUCCGUUAUUAGCUGACGAUGAAGAUUUGAAGAAUUUCCCGCCUACUAGAGUUUUGAGUGUGCGAAUGGAUCCUUGCCUUGAUGACUGUAUAAUGUUCGCGAAAAGGCUUAAAAAAGUUGGAAACAACGUGGAUGUAGAUGUAUUAAAUGGCCUACCUCAUGGUUUUCUAAAUUUCUCAUUGUUUUCAAGAGAGGCCUAUGACGGUUCAAAAGUAUGCAUCAAUCGAAUACAGGAGCUGCUAAACCUGGCAACAAAACAAUAAUAUUAGUGAAUAAUAUGUAAACCUAAUUUAUAACAAAAAUUAUAUAGAUCUGUCCAAUACAAGAGGAAAAGUAUUAUUGAGGUUGUAUUCUAUAAGUGUAUUGAUGAUAAUAAUUUACAUAACUUGUCUAUAAAAAGGCGAUGUUAUUUUUAUACAGUACUUAAUUGUGGAUAAGAUUGUUAAAAUUGUUUGUUCAAUUGGAUUAUCGCUUAUAAAUUUGGCCUAUGAUAUACGUGAUAUAUUUAAAAGUGUGAAAAUAUUGGUAGAAUUUUAUAUAAAUAGGUAAAAAACUAUGAAUAAAUUUUUCAUGGUUCUUAUUUUUUUGAAGUAUUUCUAUAUUUGAUUAUUUUUAAAGGGCAAUGAAAGCUAAACGUGGACUAUAUGU